CGGUGGGCCGGCGGGAUUCCCGGGGCUACAGCGGCGGCCGCGGCCGCCGCCCGAAGCCGCUGUUCCUCGCUCGCUCCGCCCUGAGUGCCAUGGCGCCGGCCGCGCUGGGCUCCGAGGCGCGCCUCAGCCUGGCCGCCUUCCUGCUGGGCGCCUCGGUGGUGGGGCUGCCGCUGCUCACGCGCUCCGGCCUGCAGGCCCGCACGGUGCUGGCGCUGUACGUGGCGGCGCUCAACGCGCUGCUGCUGCUGCUCUACCGGCCGCCUCGCUACCAGAUAGCCAUCCGGGCCUGUUUUCUUGGCUUUGUCUUUGGAUGUGGAUUGCUGCUAAGUUUUAGCCAGUCUUCUUGGAAUCACUUUGGCUGGUAUAUGUGCUCCUUGUCAUUAUUCCAUUACUCUGAGUAUUUAGUGACAGCAGUCAAUAAUCCCAAAAGUCUCUCCCUGGACUCUUUUCUCCUGAACCAUAGUUUGGAGUAUACAGUAGCUGCUGUCUCUUCUUGGAUAGAGUUCACAGCUGAAAAUUACUUUUGGCCAGAAAUGAAGCAGAUAACAUGGCUCAGCAUCACUGGGCUGCUUAUGGUGGUCUUUGGGGAGUGUCUUCGGAAAGCUGCCAUGUUUACAGCUGGUUCCAACUUCAACCAUGUUGUUCAGAACGAGAAAUCAGAGACACACACUCUGGUGACAAGUGGGGUGUAUGCUUGGUUCAGGCACCCCUCUUAUGUUGGAUGGUUUUACUGGAGUAUUGGAACCCAGGUGAUGCUCUGUAACCCGAUAUGCGGUGUUGCGUAUGCUUUGACCGUUUGGCGAUUUUUUCGAGAUCGAACAGAAGAGGAAGAAAUCUCGUUAAUCCACUUUUUUGGAGAAGAAUAUCUAGAAUAUAAAAAGAAGGUGCCCACAGGCCUACCUUUUAUUAAAGGAGUAAAGGUAGAACUCUAGGCCUAGGUGCAGCGUGAAGGGUGCUGGUGUCUCUGGAGGAGGUGACUCCAACUCUGGGCCGCAUAUGCUUCUCUGGUAGGAGGUGAAGGAUUCUAGGAGUCAUUUUGUAUUUUACCAGUUAUGCUGUGGAGGAACACUAAGGGCUGGGCAGUCAGAAGGCCUUGAAGUGGAUCCCUGAAGGUGCAGAGAUCCAUCCUUAUCCCUAGCUGUGGCAGGUAGGACUUGUAGCUCAAAGCAGACCAGAAGGGAGUGACUCGUCUCCUCUGGUGGUGUUCCUCAGAACAGAACACGGUGACAAGCUGCCCAGUGUCUCCUUUGCCCACCAGAGAGGAGCUGGCUGUGGAGACACCGUAGAGAAGAUUCAGCAACCCUGAUGGAUUAACUGCUUCCCUAUAAGUGAUGCUAUGAAAAAGGCAAAAAGGUGUGGCUGUGGCUGUGGCUGUGUUGGGUGGGGUGGGGGGGGAUAUAAGUGCUUCUUACUUGCAUUAGAAACUCGAUUGUAAAACUUGAUUUAACAGGCAAGCCCAGACCUCACUACUCUAACCUCUUUGUUUCUCUUCCUUUUCAAGUGCACAAGCAUCGGUACCAUGUUGAAAAUGUUGCUUAUAAGAUGCUUUGGCCCUCUCCAUUUCUGUCCUUUUUUUUUAAGUAGCAAUGUUAUUCACUCAUUUGAUUUUUAAAAAAUCUUCACAUUUAUAUUUGGCAGCAAAUAGGUGUGGGAACUUAACAUUUUGAAAUGAUUUUAGAUUGUCUGAAGGUGAGUGAAAACUCUUUAAAACUGCAGCUUUUCCCUACAGUGCUAAAUACACUGUAACAAGCAACUUCCCCAAAUCCAGUAAGACCCUUCAUGACCUUUGUGGGAAGAUUUGUUUCCUGCUUGAUAUCCCUUCCCCAAAGGUGAAGUUUGUGAAAGACUGCCCGGUGUCGGGGCCUCUUUUUGUCGCUAUCAGAAAGGGGGAGCAGGGAACAGCAAACUGUCAUUGUAGACUUUUUGAGAAACCCUGCUGGUCAUUACUCACCCCUGUCAUUGCCUGCCUACCUAUCGGCUGUACUUCUGGCAUUUCAUCCAAAAUUUACUGUUAACCUCCACUUCCUGGUUCUUCUCUUUUUCAAAUUCCAGUGUGCUUCAUGAUUUUUGGCAUUUGAUGAUACGUUUACUACAAAUUUGAGUUCACUCAUGAAAAUCCAUUUUAUGAUCCCACCUGGGAUCCUCUUUGUUGUUUCCCAAGUGCAGGGAAAAUGAUUGGUUUUAUAAGUCAGAUGUACAAGCUUUAAGAGGUAAAAUGCCUAUUGGAUUCUGGAAUCGAUACAGAGUUUAGUCUGGGUGUGAGAUCCUUCCAAGUGACACUAGCUAGCUAUGAAUGUGAAGGCAUCUGGGGCCAGUGGGUAGAGCAAGCUUCUACCACUGAUUCACCAAGAGGCCUUGCGUAAAGUCACGUAACCCUUCUGUGCCUAAAUCUCCCCACAUGCUGUGUGGGGAUAAUGACACCUACCUCACAGGGGUGUUGUGAGGAUUCAUAAGAAAGAAUGUCUCUUACACAUUUUUAACUCAGAUGAAUGAGAGAGAUGUUGUAUAAGAGAAAACUACAGUCUGUGCAAAAUAGAGAAAAUGAGUGUGUGUACCCAUUAUACACACAGACCUAAAAUGUAUGUUCAAAGCAUCUUGGGUCUUACCAAUUUAGAAAUGUUACUUGUUUCCAGGUUUCAUGGCUUAAUUUAUUUUCUGUUCCUAUAUACCAAAGAGGCUUUACAAGUUCUUUGAUUACUGUUAGGAAAACUUGCUGGUAGGACUGCAUGGAUAAUUGCUGGACUUUUCAGUCUUUGCUGUAGUUACAAGCUUGAGAUAACUUUAAGAAAAAGUCGCUUGCUACAUCGGUUCUUUGAAGUAACCCUUUGGCCCUUGGUGAUGAAAUGACAUGUACUUAGUUAGUGGCUCCCCUUAAGUUAGUUCCCAACUUGUUCUUCUCCAGACUAUGCCGAGCUGAGCAGAUUCUGCUCUUAGAACUUCGUGCUCUGUGAGGGACCAUCAUUCUCUAGGCCCUUGAAGAAGGAUUUUUCUUUGCUUGAACCCAGCAAGGACCAAAUCCAGAAUUCCAUUUCUUUUUUUGAAGGCCACAUGUUUUGUCCUUUCAACAGCUUUUACUGUGGCAUGUGCUCUUGGGUGGCAGGUUAAUUACUAUACCCAUGUUUCAUGGACCAGAAGGCUACAUAGGUAUCAGGGUGUAAUUAUUUACUCGUCCUUUUAGAUCCCCAAGUGCAUUAUCUUCAUUUGACCAAGCCCCAAUCCCAGGCUACCCUAGACCUCCAGGUCCUAAGGUGGCGCUGUGACAUUUUGCUGCUAUUCAGUUGCCCUGGAUACUGUGUUUCAUUAUCUGGUUUCUAGAAAAGUAUGAUGGCAUUCCUAUGGGAGCAGGUGAAAAAUCAGUUCUACCUUAACCAGGGCAGACAUCGGCAAUGACUUGUGGGGAGAACACAAAAAUAUUUGAGGGCAGGAUUUGAGUACGUAUGACUUCCGUCUGAUAUCAUGAGCUUCAGUUUCAUUUACAAUAUAUAAACUUAGCAAUAACUGUGUACAGUACAGAAAAUUAGAUGGAUAAGUUCACGGCUUCUCUGGCAUUCACUUUGAAGUUGACAUCACUAAUUCCUUCUAAAUAAUAAAGUGGUGGGAGAUGCUUUUUUCUAUUUCAAAGUUUUUAAAUGGAUAUAUAUAUAUAUAUUCUUAUCCAGAAAAAGGGUCCUGUGAAACGUGGGCCCAGAACUGUGUAAAAUGGAGCAGCGUUUCUUCAGCCAGCCUGGUGGCCACUCACAGGACUCCUCCGUGCAUCAGAUUGGGUUGAGUUUACAGGGAAUGAGUAGUACUAGGAGCCAAAUCUAUUUUUACAAGGUCAGUAAAUGAUGACAUGGACCUGACUGUUCCUUAGUACAGAUUGCUACUGAUGCCUAAAAGGUGGUCAGUUUCAUUAGUCCUGCCUUUCCCACCAUUUACAUAAUAUUCUUCCUAAUUCAGGAAUGAGGGGGGGAAAGUAUAUAUAGAAAUAUAUUCCUAAACCUAUAGGUUAUUAAUACAAAUAUCUUUGUUUAAGGCUCGAUGAAACCUUA